UUGACUCUGGCGGCGCGUGGGGCGCAAGUUGUCUUCCGCCGCUCCGGACUGCGAACGAUGUCGAGCGACUUCUAUUUAAGAUACUAUGUUGGACAUAAAGGCAAAUUCGGACAUGAGUUUCUGGAAUUUGAAUUUCGCCCGGAUGGCAAGUUGAGAUACGCAAACAACAGUAAUUACAAGAACGAUGUCAUGAUCAGGAAAGAGGCCUAUGUGCACAAAAGUGUGAUGGAGGAGCUGAAAAGGAUCAUCGAUGACAGCGAAGUAACGAAAGAAGACGAUGCACUGUGGCCACCGCCAGACAGAGUAGGCAGACAGGAACUGGAGAUAGUCAUUGGAGAUGAGCACAUUUCCUUCACAACAUCAAAGAUUGGGUCACUGAUCGAUGUGAACCAGUCGAAGGAUCCAGAAGGUCUUCGAGUUUUCUACUACCUGGUUCAGGAUCUGAAAUGUCUGGUCUUCAGUCUCAUCGGCUUACAUUUCAAAAUCAAACCUAUUUAAGAUGGACACUUUUUCCAGGUUUUUUUUUUUUUA